GGAUUAUUGACCUAAGUCAAGCACCAAGAGCUCGUUGACAGUAACACAAGGAAAGAAAGAAAGAAAGCAAAGCCCCAGGACGUGCAACUGCAUCGUCUGUUGCCAUAUUCCUUUUGUCCUGGAGCCGCUACUGGCAUAUUUCACACCACUAUUACCUAGACACUGAGGUCCUCAUCCAUGACCUCCGAUUAUUAAGAGAGAUGCCUGCGAAGUCGCGAUUCACGAGACUCGAUGCGUUCGCAAAGACAGUCGAGGAUGCACGUAUCCGUACCACCUCCGGAGGAAUUGUCACCAUAGUCUCGUUACUUGUUAUUCUAUGGCUAGUCUUGGGAGAAUGGGUAGAUUACAGACGUGUAGUCGUUCUACCAGAGCUGGUAGUGGAUAAGUCAAGAGGUGCAUAUAAUGCGUGCAUGCGUUUUCAGCUGCAAGACUGGCGAUAGGAAAAGAAGGGCUGACGUUGUGUCUAUAGGGGAAAGAAUGGAGAUCCAUCUAAACAUGACCUUCCCCAGGCUUCCAUGCGAACUUCUGACGCUGGAUGUGAUGGAUGUCUCCGGUGAGAUGCAGGAUGGUGUCGUGCAUGGGGUGAACAAGGUGCGCUUGAGCUCACAAGCGGAGGGAGGACAUGUCCUUGACGUCCAAGCAUUGGAGCUCCACAAACAAUUAGACACAAAACACCUCGACCCCGACUACUGCGGCGAAUGCGGCGGCGCCCCUCCACCCCCCAACACAGCCAAACCAGGCUGCUGCAACACAUGCGACGAAGUCCGCGAGGCCUACGCGCAGAAAUCCUGGUCCUUCAAGGGUGGUGAGAACAUCGAACAAUGCCAACGCGAAGGCUACGCAGAGCGCAUCGCCGCCCAGCGCAAAGAAGGCUGCCGAAUUGAAGGUGUCCUUCGCGUCAACAAAGUCAUGGGCAACUUCCACAUCGCACCGGGCCGCAGCUUCACCGAUGGCAAUGCCCAUGUCCACGAUACAGGCCUCUACAUAGACGCCAUCCGCGAUCUACCCCCCAACGAACGCCACACGAUGGCCCAUGAGAUUCACCAGUUGCGCUUCGGACCGCAGCUCCCCGAUGAACUAUCCGAGCGCUGGCAAUGGACCGAUCACCACCAUACGAAUCCCCUCGAUGGCACUAAGCAGGCCACCAACGAACCCGCGUUCAGUUUCGAUUACUUUAUCAAGGUCGUCUCGACCUCUUACUUACCUUUAGGCUGGGAUUCAUCACCAUUCCAGGAAUCUCAAGAUGACAGCUCCAUCCCAUUAGGCUCCCAUGGCAUCUCCUCUGGCUCAAUAGAAACACAUCAGUACUCGGUUACAUCCCACAAGCGAUCCGUGCUGGGUGGCAACGACGCUGAAGAAGGCCACAAGGAACGUCUCCAUGCCGCGGGCGGCAUCCCUGCUGUGUUCUUCACGUAUGAUAUUUCCCCGAUGAAGGUCAUCAAUCGCGAGGCUCGUCCGAAGUCCUUCACUGGCUUCUUGACUGGUGUUUGUGCUAUUGUUGGUGGUACUUUGACCGUUGCUGCGGCUAUAGAUAGAGGUCUCUAUGAGGGGGCUUUGAGGGUGAAGAAGCUUCAUUCCAGUUAAUUUACUAUUUUUGCAUCCUCUUUCUUUUCAAAUUUAUUCCAUGUUUGUAUUUUAUUUUGUUAUAUUUACUCUACAUUUCCAUUGUUGUCAUGAUGACUUUGCAUCUAGAUACAUUGUAUAGGAGCAUGUUGACGCAGCGAUAUCUGUGAGUAUCAAGUGUCUACUGAGGGUAGAUAGACUAGUAUAAAAAAGGUCUCGCAUGAAAAAUACCGGCGAAAAGCAAUGCAGGGA